UGCAGCCUUAAUUGAGAGAAGCGCGCGCCGUGUUUGUCGCACGCCCUCUGUUCUCUCUCAGAGUUUCAAGCUCCCGCCACGCGUGUGUAGUUUCCUUUUUUGGGUUUUUAUUCCCGCACUUUAGGUGCGACCUGUUGGCCAUCUUGGCUGCUGCCGCACAGCAGGAGCUGCUUCUUAAGGCGCUGUGACGGUCGGCGGCGUUCUCGCUCUCGGCUCUCCUAGCCCCUCUGGACGCCGACCUGCGAGCAGGCUCCUCGGGCAGAGAGAGGUGGCGCUGGCUUACACGGGCGGCGUUUCCGGAAAGUAGCUGUGCCCCAGAGGCUCCUCGCAGGGCACUCUGCUGCCCCAUAGCAGCCUUGCUAUUAUGCGGUCCCUGAAUUUCACCCCGGAGCAGUUCGAGCAGCUCCUGCGGGAGAACAACGUGACCCGCGAGCAGUUCAUCGCCCUCUACGGGCUGCAGCCGCUGGUCUACAUCCCGGAGUUGCCCAGGCGCACCAAGCUGGCUUUCGUGCUCCUUUGCGUGCUCAUCUUCGCCCUGGCGCUCUUCGGCAACAGCCUGGUGCUCUACGUGGUGACUUGCCGCAAAGCCAUGCGCACCGUCACCAACCUCUUCAUCUGCUCGCUGGCCCUCAGCGACCUGCUCAUCGCCUUCUUCUGCGUCCCCUUCACCAUGUUGCAGAACAUCUCCAGCAAUUGGCUGGGCGGAGCCUUUGCCUGCAAGAUGGUGCCCUUUGUCCAAUCUACUGCAAUAGUUACUGAAAUUCUUACAAUGACCUGCAUUGCCAUGGAAAGGUAUAAUGGGAUAGUCCACCCACUAAAAAUGAAAUGGCAAUACACCAACAGAAGAGCAUACACAAUACUUGGCAUAGUUUGGUUCUUGGCAGCUAUAGUUGGGUCACCUAUGUGGUAUGUACAGCGGUUGGAGAACAAAUAUGACUUCCUGUAUGAAAAAGAGUAUGUUUGCUGCUUGGAAGAAUGGGCCAGUGCCGUUCAUCAGAAGAUAUAUGCGACUUUCAUUUUGAUCAUCCUCUUCCUCCUCCCACUGAUACUGAUGCUCUUGCUCUAUAGCAAGAUUGGUUACGAGCUCUGGAUUAAGAAAAGAGUUGGAGAUGCUUCCAUUCUGCAAACCAUACAUGGGAAUGAGAUGUAUAAAAUAUCAUGGAAGAAGAAGAAGAAGCGAGCAAUCAUUAUGAUGGUGACUGUUGUGGUUUUGUUUGCAGUCUGCUGGGCCCCUUUUCAUGUAAUGCACAUGAUGAUAGAAUACAGUAACUUUGAAAAAGAAUAUGAUGAUGUCACCAUUAAGAUGAUCUUUGGCAUAGUUCAGAUAAUUGGAUUUUUCAAUUCCAUUUGCAAUCCUAUUGUAUAUGCAUUUAUGAAUGAGAACUUCAAAAAAAACUUCCUGACUGCAAUAUGCUUCUGUGUUAUAAAAGAAAACCUGCCUCCAUCCAAGCAACAUGGAAACUUGGGAAUUACAAUGACGCAGCACAGGGAAGGUGUCUUUAGGAGAGAGCCCAUCUCAGACGAAAGCAGAAGAGAGGAGUUCAGCGAAGGACACAUUGAAGUCAAAUUCUGUGAUCAGCCCCUUGCCAGAAAUAAUUCUAGGAAGCCCCUUGCUUUGUUGACAUCUGGACUUACUGAGCAUACUUCACUUGGACACUAGCAAAAUUGUCACUUGUCUUUCUAGCACAGGAGAAGUGCCAACCUUGUACGAGGCCUGGAGAAACUGAAGGCUUCAUAUAAAUAGUAGGAGCCUGUCCUUCAGCCUUUACCAAGUCAACAUGGUAACACAUUCUGCUUGCUGCAUUUCAGGCUCCAGUUCAUCUUGCUUAAGCUGCUGACUUCAGGAAUUCUGAGUUUGGAGAAUGUAUCCUCAGAGUCAUUAUUUUGGUGCAGCCACCCAUGGGACCAGUCUGGCCCUGAAGGAACCAGGCCAGCCUACUCCUCGUUUCUCACAGUUAGGGACAUAGGAAGCUGCCAUAUACUGAGUCAGACCAUAGGUCCAGCUCACUCAGUAUUGUCUACACAGACUGGCAGCAGCUUCUCCAAGGUUGCAGGCAGGAAUAUCUCUCAGCCCUAUUUGGAGAUGCCAAAGAGAGAACUUGGAACCUAGAUGCUGUUCCCAGAGCGGCUCCAUCCCCUGAGGGGAAGAUCUUCCUGUGCUCACACUUCUAGUUUCCCAUUCAAAUGCAACCAGGGUGGACCCUGCUUAGCUAAGGGGACAAGUCAUGCUUGCUACCACAAGACCAGUUAGCACAAUACAAGAGGCUGCAGGUUUCAGCCUUUGUGUUGUUUCCCAUUGUUAGUAUGCAGUGUUGUAAUUGCCGUUUUUGUUCAGCUUCUUUAUUCAAAGAGUUUCCAGUGGACCCUCUUCCUUCUGUUUUGUUUUAUGUGCUCUUCCUUGAUAUAAAGACGUGUUUUUUAAGUGAACUGCCUUAGGCUUAAUUAACCUGGAUGCUUGUAGAGUUGGUUUCUUGACUGAGGAAGUACAUGAUUUGAGGACUUGUUUUGCAGAUAUUUUGGAUCGAAGCAUUGGAACAUGUUGCACUAAUUUAGAUUUCACCUAAGGUCAAGGUGUACUUUUGUAGGAUCUUUCAAAAAAUGAGCACUGGUGUUCUCUUACUCUGAACUUUACACGAGUGUUUCUGAGAUUCUGUCUCUCUAAAACUUGACUCACAGCAAAGGAUUUUAAACUCUGCAUGCACUUUUGUUAACAAGGAGCCUCUUUUGCUUUGUAACAAAUGUUCUGUUCUCCUGAAAUAAUUGGCCUGAUAGAAGUAGAAGCAUUAAACAAGAUGAACUAUUCCUUGUACGGUACUGGUCCCACUUAACAUAUAAUGCCAACAUUUUCUGCAGAGUUAUGAAAGCCACACAAACCCUGGGGUGUAUUUCUGCUGCUGGCCAUGUGCAUGCGCCACACCUGGGAGGGAGCCGGAGAUGGUGGCGGUGUGUGCCGCUGCCCGCCACCAAAAUGGGGGGUGGGGGAUGUGGUCCUGAACGGGACAAACAUUUCCUCCUUUAAACGUGGGGCAUCCCACAUAGAUCGGAACAGUUGGCAACCCUAACCCACAUGUUCUACAG